AUGGCACGUUGUGGUAUCCUCGCUGCUCUUAUACCCCUUGUUCAGCGCGUUCAGGAGUUAUCACAGGCGAACAAGCGAGUUGCACUACAGGAUGGUGCGGGACUGAGCAUUGAGUCUAGACAAACGCAGGAAAUCAAGCUCCCUCGACUUCAUCUCUUCAGGAACGAUACCCUUCAGUUGACGAUCCCGAAUGGAGAUGAUCCGGAGACGGUAUGGGAGCGUAACUGCAUUCUGCAACUCAGAAAUGCGGAGCAGCUUCAGUUCGACUUUAUCGUCACCAAUCCACCCUACAUAAUUCGUAAGACCGGUACCUUCAGUGCACCAGAUCCGGAGGUAUAUGACUGGAGCAUUUUGGGUUCGAGAAUGAUGCAAGUGUAUGGGUACUUUAUCUGGUUUGCUGCUCAGAGGGUGAAGCCCUAUACAGGAGUUUCUUGCAUGAUCACAGCGAGUCAAUGGCUUACAUUGGAGUUUGCAGCCAAAUUGCGUGCCUGGCUCUUCGAGAGCUGUCUGAUGGAUGAGUUCUUCCAGUUCGAACCCUUCAAAGUUUUUUCAAAGGUCCAGACGGAUUCACUUGUCUUCAAGAUCCGCGCACUUGGACCUUCUCACUCCGAUCCUUCUAGAAGAGGAAGGGUUCUUCAAGAGCAUUGCACAGCAUUUCUACGGCAUACUGACCAUCACAGACCGUUGGCAGGCAUCUUGCAGGAUUACAUGGACUUUAACCUAGAGAGUCACCUUGGCAGCUCAAUAGCAACGACAACUGCCUCAACACGCACAUAUUCCUUCGCACCCAUGAUGCCAUCCUCAGGGCUGACGGCCUAUCUGCUGGCGCUCACUCAAGAUCUGGGUGGCAUUUGCUCCGCUGGCACAAAGAAGAUAAAUCGCUUGAGCGCUCCGGAACCCCUUUUGUGGCACCGAGGUCCCAACACCAACCCUGUAUACGGCCUCGUGGCUCGAAUGGAGUAUGCACGUGUGAACUUCGGAAGUGCUAUGGUUGAUCGAUGGUUCCGACCAGCGAUGUACUGGAAUGGCAAGAAUUCUCCAGAAGAAAGCGCUCUUGGCGCCUCCAGCAAGGUCAUACAUAAGGAGGGACUAUUCUGGCAGAGUCGGGAUCGUCUGAGACUGAGCAAGAAGGAGGGGUCACCAGCAGAGUCCUACAUCGUCCCGAAACCAGACCCCCGACGACUAUAUGCGCUUUGCAUGGUGGACAGAGAGUCAGUCAAGGUACUGAAGCAGCAGGUGGAGCAGGGCGUUGAGGGCUCGCUGGCACUGUGGAGCUAUUUGAAGGAUAAGGUGACUCCGACCGGCAAGCAGCAGAAUGCCGACGAUGAAGGCGUUGCUUACUGUUCUACCAAUCAAUGCGGGUCUGAUGUCCCAGAAAAGAUCAUCCAUCCUAUCAACUACGGCUACUUUUCAAAGACACAGCCACGUCAACGUUUUUUUCUCGACAACAACUCUUUGGCA